CCGGUUACUAUUCUUUCCGGUUUUCUUGGAAGUGGGAAAACUACAUUGAUUCAGUAUAUACUGAAGUCCCCAGACCACGGAAAGCGAAUCGCCGUGAUUGAGAACGAGUUCGGGGAAGGCCUGGCCGUAGAAUCCAUGAUUGCCCGUGACGGAGUGGACAAUGGGUCUCUCAUAGAUCUGAUUGAGCUUCCAAAUGGCUGCAUCUGUUGCACGGUCAAGGACUCACUCGUUAGCACGCUGGAACUUCUGUUACAAAGACGCCGCGACCUCGAUUAUAUUUUGAUUGAAUGUAGUGGCAUGGCUAAUCCAGGUCCAAUUGCGAGUCUGUUCUGGCUGGACGAGGGUUUGUCUCGUUUGCGCCUGGACGGUAUUGUGACUCUCGUUGACGCAGCGCAUCUCGAACGCCAACUUGGGGCGACAAAGGAAGCUGCCCAGCAAAUUGCGUAUGCGGAUCGUAUUCUUUUGAACAAGGUUGACUUAGUGGAUGAGGCAUCGGCCUUGCGACUCCUCAAUUUGAUCCGAACGAUCCAUCCUACCGCUCCGAUUCGCCGAACGCAAUUUUCGGCAGUCCCUGACUUGACAUGGGUGUUGGAUGCUAGUUGCUUUGAUGUUGAUCGAGUCAAAGACGUCGACCGUGCGUUAAACGAAAUUGAACAUUGCUCAGAUCACUCUCAUCAGCACGAUCAUGGCAAAGAAGCGACGUGUUCUAUUUGUUUCGCUCACAAGCAUACCGCAUCUGUAUCCACACUGGCUAUUGUGGAGGAAGGGAGUGUCGAUCUUCGCAAACUGGACCAGUGGUUGGCUUCGCUGUUGUGGCCCAAUCAAGACGAGCAAGACAAAGUUUUGCCGGUCGAAUUCACGGACGACCACGGUUUGGACUCUCGACGAUUUAUUGUUCAAGCCGUGCAUGAUCUCUGGGAGACGCAUCCAGCGAGUCGCGAGCUACGAUGGGAUAGUGAGGAAGUACGAGACUGCAAGGUUGUUUUUAUUGGCCGCAAUCUGAAGAAAGAGGAUCUGCGAAAAGGGUUUCUAUCGUGUAUGCUACCAUGA